UCAUCAUAUGCACGUAAAGAUGUAACCGAUUCAACAUCUCAACCACCUUAUGGCUUGUAUGGCCUUGUUGCUAUUAUUGGUUAGGCUUUGCCUAAAGCCUGGGAGGCCGCUAUGCAUUUUAUUUCUGCUACGGAAGGAGUUUUGAAAUCAAAUGCGUGUUACUAUAUCUUUCUAGGGGUUGCAGCUGUUUUUGUAGCUAGAAGCUUUCUUGGCAAUAUCAUGCGUGGGUUUGCAUUACUACGUAACAAACCCUUUUCAAUUGGAGAUAUGAUAGAAGUUGGACAUUUGAAAGGUGAGGUUAUUGAUAUGGGACUCAUAACGACCUCAUUGCUUACUGAGGAAAACCGUCGUGCAUUACUUCCUACUUCCUGGCUUAGUGGACAGGAUUAUGUGAACAUAACUGGGUCUCCAGCGCAUGCGAUGGUUUUCAAGAUUGAUUUGAGCAUUGAUGAGAUUGAGAAGAUCCCCGAGAUAUCAGAGGAAAUAAUAAACAUGAUGAAGUCUAACUCAAUCAUUUACUUGGAGCAAGAGCAGCCGUAUUGUUAUCUUUCUCAAGUGGACCCUCUUGGUUUCACACUUACUAUUGGAUGCAAACUAAAAGAGGGGUGUGAAGACGAGUUUUAUUCAGCUAAGUAUGAUAUCUUUAGGCAGGCGAUUCAGAUAAUGAAGAAGCAUGGGGCCUACCUAGAUAUGAACUAGAUUUUCUUUCUUUCGAGUAAUCGCAAAACCUUAACAGAAACCUUUUAUGUACAUUG